ACAAAUACACCACUCGGUCGUAGAAACAACAACGACCGCAACAACGACAGAAAUGGCUACGGGAAUAAAGAGACACCACCCAGAUGGGUCAUCGGCGUUCUCUCUGUCGAUGUCGCAGAAGGUGUAUGUCCGUUCGCGGAAAGGAAAGGCGACUAAGAUCGUUCAGGAACAUUACUUGAGAACCGAUAUUCCCUGCUCAUCGCAGUUAUGUCCUCUUUGCAUUCUGAACCCUCCGAAGGAUUCUUCUGGCGCUGUUCGCCCGGCUAUCUUGUCGCGCACGCCGCCGUCUGUCAAGCCAUGGGGUGCGCACUACUUGAUCCCAGACACAAAUAUUUUUGUGAAAGCUAUGGACCUAAUGGAGCACAAAUCUGCGUUUUACGAUGUCAUUGUUUUGCAAACGGUCCUCGAUGAACUGCGCAACAUCAGUCUUCCGCUAUACAACAGACUUCGUGCUCUCUCGCUGAGUCAGGAGAAAAGAUUUUACGUAUUUCAUAACGAGUUCAGACAGGAGACGUUUGUGGAGCGACUUCCCGGUGAGUCAGUCAACGACAAGAACGACCGGGCUAUUCGAACUGCCUGCGCGUGGUACCGUGUACAUCUAGAUGAAACGAUCGGAAAAUCUUCAGCGAUUCCCGAGAUUUUAUUGGUGUCGAACGACAACGACUGCCUGCGAAAGGCCAAAGAGCUUGGGGUUGCAUGCACCAACCUGGAGAGCUAUGUCAAAGCGCUGCCAGAUACCGACGCGCUGCUGGAUAUGAUUGUAUCGGAAACCAGUGAUGUCACUGCGCCUCAGAAACUUGUGUAUCAAGAAUAUUACUCCACCUCUCGGAUUCAGGGAGGUAUCAAGGCCGGCAUCUUUCAUCAGGGAGUUUUGAGUAUCAGUCAGUACAACUACCUGGAAGGAAGUGUGUCUGUUCCAUCUUUUGAGCGGCCUUUGCUCGUGCUUGGAAGAGAAAGUCUUAACCGCGCCAUGCAUGGCGACGUUGUUGUCGUCGAAGUGCUUCCAGAGUCUGAGUGGAAACAACCAUCUACGAAGAUUGUGGAGGAGGAAACCAUCACGAAAGACGACAACCCUGAAGCGGAGGAUGACGAUGAUACUUUGGUGACGGAGAAGGAGCACGCGGCUCUGCAAGAAAAGUUAAAAGCAAAGAAUACAUCUGCUGAGUUUAGAAUUCAGCCAACGGCUAAAGUUGUCGGCGUCAUCAGGAGAAAUUGGGGUUUUUACGUUGGUCAUAUUGACGCUUCCUCUAUCUCUUCCGACGCAGCGGGAACGCGACGCCAGACUACGGUGUUCUUGAUUCCUAUGGAUAAACGCAUAUCCAAGAUCAAGAUUCGUACAAGACGCGCUACCGGUCUGGUUGGAAAGCGUAUUCUUGCGGCGGUGGACUCUUGGGACGCGUCCUCGCGGUAUCCGCUCGGCCAUUUUAUUCGCGUACUGGGUGACAUAGAAUCGAAGGAAGCGGAAACGGAAGCUCUUCUACUAGAGUACAACGUGCAGUAUCAACCUUUCACCCAAUCUGUGUUGGACUGCUUGCCAGCCGAAGGUCACGACUGGAAAGUUCCAACAGAUACGUCCGAUCCCCGCUGGACCGGCCGAGAAGAUCUUCGUGAACUUUUGGUGUGCAGUAUCGAUCCCCCUGGCUGUCAAGACAUUGACGAUGCUCUUCAUGCGCGGGUGCUUCCUAAUGGAAAUUACGAAGUCGGCGUGCAUAUUGCUGAUGUUUCUCACUUUGUGAAGCCUGAUACCGCCAUGGAUCUCGAGGCCUCUUCGCGAGGAACGACGGUGUAUCUGGUCGACAAGCGAAUUGAUAUGCUUCCGGUCUUGCUGGGAACGAAUCUGUGCUCGCUGAUGCCGUAUGUAGAGCGAUUUGCUUUUUCGGCUAUUUGGGAGAUGACUCCAGAUGCGACGAUUGUGAGCACGCGGUUCACAAAGUCGGUGAUCCGGUCGAAAGAGGCGUUCAGCUACGAGCAGGCGCAGCUUCGAAUUGAUGACAAGAGCCAUGUUGACUCGUUGACGGAGGGCAUGCGAAUUCUUCUCAAGAUAUCGAAGUUGCUGAGGCAGAAGCGAAUGGACGCGGGUGCGCUGAACCUCGCGAGUCCUGAGGUGAAGGUGCGGGUUGAGAGCGAGCAGAUGGAUCCGGUUGAUGUUGAGAUCAAGAAAGCCCAUGAGACGAACUCGCUUGUUGAGGAAUUUAUGUUGCUGGCUAAUAUUAGCGUUGCGGCGAAGAUUUAUGAUGCGUUUCCUCAGUCUGCCAUGCUCCGACGACACGCUCCGCCACCAAAGGAGAAUUUCGAGGUUCUCGCAGACCAGCUGCGUGUGUGCAAGAACAUGACGCUGAACUCCGAAACAUCAAAGAAGCUAGCAGACAGUCUCGACUCGUGCGUCGACUCGUCAGAUCCAUUCCUGAACACGCUGAUCCGUAUCAUGGCCACGCGAUGCAUGCUGGCCGCCGAGUACUUCUGCUCCGGCACGAUGGCCGAGUCUGAUUUCCGCCACUACGGUCUCGCGUCUGAGAUUUAUACGCACUGGACGAGUCCGAUUCGUCGGUACGCCGACAUUGUUGCUCAUCGACAGCUGGCGUCGGCGAUCGCGUACGAACCUCUGCAUGAGAGUCUUCGCGAUAAGCCCAAGCUCGAGCGGGUGUGCCAGAACAUCAACCAGCGGCACCGCAACGCGCAGUUUGCGGGACGUGCGUCGGUGGAGUAUUAUAUCGGCCAGGCGCUGAAGAAUCGCGAGCUGGACGUGGAGGGAUACGUGAUGAAGGUGUUUUCGAACGGGUUUGUGGUGUUUAUCCCGCAGUUUGGAAUUGAAGGGCCGAUUCAUUUGCGAGACAUGAAGGUCGAGUACACUUUUGACGAGGCGAAUUACGCGCUUGAGUUUAAUGCCGGAACGGAGAAGGAGGUGCGGCUGCAGUUGUUUGACAAGGUGACUGUGCAUGUCGAGACUGUCUUGGAGGAGAGCACUGGGAAGCGGAAGGUUGCGCUUCGGUUGCAGAGUCCGCAGAUUGAGUAGAGGGGAGGUUAAGAAGGGUUU